AUGCGGCUGCUGCAGGGCGGGCUGGGCUUCCUGCUGCGCUCGGGGAUCCGUCGCGGGCCCGGACAGCCUCUCUACCAGCAAGGCCAGAGCCCCUCGCCGCGCACCCGCGAGUACUUCUACUACGUCGACCACCAGGGACAGCUUUUCCUGGAUGACGCCAAAGUCAAGAACUUCAUCACUUGUUUCAAAGACAAGCAGUUCCUGGUCUUCUUCUUCAAGCAGCUCAAGCUGAACCGCAGCGGCCGCUACGAGGACUCCUUCCCUUACCUGUCGCCCUGCGGCCGGGAGCACAACUACCUCCGUUGCGACGACCGGCCCGUGGUCUUCACCCACCUCCUGGAAGGGCCCUCGGGCCAGCCGCUGCUCUCCUUCUGCGGGGGCGCCGACCGCCUGGCCGUACCCUUCCAGCCGGAGAAGCUGGUCAUGCUGCCCGAGAACGGGCGGGUCUAUCACCCGGGGCCGGAAAAGACCGGCGGAGUGGGGCUGGUCAAGUCAUCCUUGGCCUUUGAGCUGAGCCCCGGCUUCGAGUACCAGGAUGGAGCCGGUCAGCAGCCCACUCACUUCCGCUGGCAGGAGAAGAGGUACGCUCUCACCAACGAGCUGCUGCCCUUGAUCUGA